UUUCCGUACGUUACCGUCAUCAUCAUUCGCUGUGAUCUUCUAAGAUUUUGCUUCUUUUCUGUUCUUCAUCUCGACUGAAUAUUUUCUGUUUCAAUACACGAGUAUCAUUCGGAAUUGAAUAGCGGCAGUAAACGGAGUUUAGUGGAAAAUAACCGUGCUCUAAAAUGAAUAACAAAGGAUUUGUGAGCGACACACAGGACAUGGGCACAUUAGAAAAUGCAAAGGCAACCAAUGAAGCGGUUCAACAAAAUGAAAAGCACAUUUCAAAUAGAACCAUCAACGUGGAAAAUGGUGGUUCGAACAAGACAACACAAAGCUCAGAACCAGAACGUGAGGGUUGGGGAAAAGGUAUCGAAUUUUUGAUGUCAUGCAUUGCAAUGUCUGUCGGUCUGGGCAAUGUGUGGCGUUUUCCAUUCACCGCACUUGAAAAUGGUGGAGGUGCCUUCUUACUGCCAUACAUCAUUGUACUAUUCGUCAUUGGACGCCCACUCUAUUUCUUGGAAAUGGUCAUCGGCCAAUUUUCAAGCAGAAAUAGUAUUGACGUCUUCGAUAUAUCGCCAUUUUUCAGAGGAGCUGGAGUCGGUCAAAUCGUAGCAAUUUUCUUACUGAGCACAUACUAUGCCUCAAUUAUGGCGUUAAUCGGUCGUUAUCUGUGGGAUUCAUUUCAAUCACCGCUUCCGUGGACAGUAUGUAAGGAUACGUGGGCCAAUUGCGUUGACCCAGCCGGAAAUGUAAUCGGACCGAAUGCUUCCGAAACUAUUUUGACUGUGACCAAAACUCUAAAUAACGGCACCAUCAAAAUUACCAGCUCCGAAUACUAUUUCAACAAGGAAGUGCUGAGAGAAGCACACGAUAUAAACGAUGGAAUUGGUUAUCCAAUAUUGAAUCUGGCGUUGUUUUUGCUCUUCGCUUGGAUUGUUAUUGCCCUCGUCCUAAUCAGAGGCAUUAAAAGUUCGGGCAAAGCUAGCUAUUUUCUUGCGCUGUUUCCAUAUGUUGUCAUCGGCAUUUUAUUGAUUCGUGCCGUCACACUGCCAGGCGCCUGGAAUGGUAUUGUGUUCUUCAUUAAACCGAGAUGGGAAAAAAUUCUCGAACCAAGCGUUUGGUACGCAGCUGUGACUCAAUGCUUCUUCUCGUUAGCAGUUGGCUUUGGCAAUCUCAUCAUGUUCUCGUCAUUCAAUAAAUUCGGUCACAAUGUCUAUCGUGAUGCAACCAUUGUUGCCUCUCUCGACACAUUCACUUCACUGUUUGCUGGAUUCACCAUUUUCGGCAUUCUAGGACAUUUGGCUCAUGAGACGGGAACGGAGGAUAUCCAAAAUAUCGUGACAGGAGGUUCAGGACUAGCUUUCAUAUCAUACCCAGAAGCAAUCUCUCGGUUCGAUUUUGCACCACAGAUGUUCUCGGUGCUUUUUUUCUUUAUGCUAUUUGUUCUGGGAAUUGGCAGUAAUAUCGCAAUGUGCACGUGCGUUAUAACCAUUUUGCGUGAUAAAUUUAAAUGGCUGAAAGCAUGGCAAGCAUCCAUCGGAUUAUCAUCAGUUGGAUUUCUUUUUGGAUUGGCAUACGUCACACCGGGUGGACAACAUUUACUUAACUUAGUCGAUUUCUACGGUGCAUCGUUCAUCGUGUUCAUUCUGGUAAUUGGAGAAAUUGUGGCUGUCUGCUGGAUUUAUGGUGUGAAUCGGUUGUGCCGUGACAUUGAAUUCAUGAUAAAUGUCAAGCCCGGUGUGUAUUGGCGUGUGUGUUGGGCGUUUUUGACACCAAUCAUGAUGAUCACCAUUCUUAUCUAUACAUUUGUGUCCUAUAAAACGUUGCAGUAUAAAGGUCAAUCAUAUCCAGAGUGGGCCACUGCUUUAGGAUGGACUGUGUCAGCAAUUGGUAUCGCUCAGUUACCACUUUGGGCCGGCUACGCUUACCUCAAACGCUAUCUCAGCGGCAAUGAGAAAUUGAACAGCCCACUUAGGCCAACGAAAAAUUGGGGACCAAAAAAUCCACAAAUUUUCCAAAAAUACCAAAUUUACGUUUCAACCUACGAAGAACAACAGCGACAACUGCCGAGAGGGAACUUACUAGUCCGUUUGAAACGACACAUUUUCGGCUAGAUCAAUCAAACUCGUUUAGUAGUACUUUCCUCAUAAAACUAAUUUAUAGGCUGCCUAUGUAUAUAGUUUUGUAUACAUUGAGACUAAUUUCUAAUUUAGAAAUGCUAAGUAAUUAAUGAUAAAAUAGAGCUAAGAAUAAUUUUGUAUGUGAUAAAAACAGUCAAUGACAGAUAGCUGAGGAUAUAUGCUGAGCAUAAAUACUCAGCAAGCUGAGAUUGGUACAUUUAGAUUUUGUGACUUCCCUGCCAUGCAAAUUCAUGUGAUAAGAUGAAUCUGGUACACAUUUUUCGAUGCUUUCCAUGAAAUUUUCUGUCAUAAAUUCAUCUUAUCACAUGAAUUUGCAUGGAAGGGAAGUCACAAAAUCUAAAUGUACAAAUCUCAGCUUGCUGAGUAUCUAUGCUCAGCAUAUAUCCUCAGCUAUCUGUCAUUGACUGGAUAAAAAAAUGAAGAACAACGAAAACCCUGAAAACUCUGUAAAAUCGAUCAGAACAAAAAUAAAAUGAAAUUCGAAUGCCAAGGAUUUUGAA